GUUUUCGAUAGUUUCUCAAUGGUACCGAUAACACCUUGCCAUCCGUGCCGGCAGCUCUUAAAAAUAUCCGAAGUAUCGCAGAUUUUGGCAAAAUCUGCAUCAAUUAACCGAUCAUGGAUAGCAUAAUUGGACGCGGCCAGUUUGUCUCGGAGACGGCCAAUCUGUUCACGGACGAGAAGACAGCUACGGCAAGAGCUAAGGUGGUCGAUUGGUGCAAUGAGCUGGUCAUCGCAUCACCUUCGACAAAGUGCGAACUGCUGGCUAAGGUGCAGGAGACUGUGCUUGGAUCCUGCUCGGAGCUGGCCGAAGAAUUCCUGGAGUCCGUGCUGUCUUUGGCCCACGACUCAAACAUGGAGGUUCGCAAGCAGGUAGUCGUCUUCAUAGAGCAAGUUUGUAAAGUGAAGGUGGAGCUACUGCCCCAUGUCAUUAACGUCGUGUCUAUGCUGCUUAGGGAUAACUCGGCUCAGGUGAUCAAAAGAGUGAUCCAGGCCUGCGGCAGCAUCUACAAGAAUGGAUUGCAGUACUUGUGCAGCCUCAUGGAGCCCGGCGACAGUGCGGAGCAGGCGUGGAACAUCCUCAGCUUAAUAAAGGCGCAAAUACUGGACAUGAUCGACAAUGAAAACGACGGCAUACGUACAAAUGCCAUUAAGUUCUUGGAGGGCGUCGUUGUCCUGCAGAGCUUUGCUGACGAGGACAGUCUGAAACGAGAUGGAGACUUCUCGCUGGGCGAUGUCCCCGAUCACUGCACACUAUUCCGCCGUCAAAAGUUGCAGGAGGAGGGCAACAAUAUCUUAGAUAUCUUGCUUCAGUUCCACGGAACCACGCAUAUUUCCUCGGUGAACUUGAUUGCCUGCACAAGCAGCUUGUGCACGAUUGCCAAAAUGCGACCCAUGUUCAUGGGUGCCGUGGUGGAUGCCUUUAAGCAGCUGAAUGCCAACCUGCCGCCCACCCUCACUGACUCGCAAGUAAGCUCCGUGCGCAAGAGCCUGAAGAUGCAGCUGCAGACAUUGCUGAAGAACCGUGGUGCCUUUGAGUUUGCAAGCACUAUCCGAGGUAUGUUAGUUGACCUGGGGUCCUCCACGAAUGAGAUCCAGAAGCUUAUUCCCAAAAUGGACAAACAGGAAAUGGCUCGCAGACAAAAACGCAUCCUCGAAAAUGCUGCGCAAAGUCUUGCAAAGCGAGCGCGCUUGGCCAGUGAGCAGCAGGAUCAGCAGCAGCGAGAAAUGGAGCUAGACACUGAGGAAUUGGAACGACAGAAACAGAAGUCCACACGAGUUAACGAAAAGUUUCUGGCAGAGUAUUUCCGUAAUCCAGAAACUGUUGUGGCCCUGGUGCUGGAGUUCUUGCCCAGUCUGCCCACUGAGGUGCCACAAAAGUUCCUUCAGGAAUACACACCCAUUCGCGAAAUGUCUAUUCAGCAGCAGGUAACCAAUAUCUCCAGAAUGUUUGGCGAACAACUAUCAGAAAGGCGCCUAGGCCCAGGUGCCGCAACCUUCAGUCGAGAGCCGCCAAUGCGGGUUAAGAAAGUACAACCGAUUGAAUCAACACUAACUGCAAUGGAAGUGGAUGAGGAUGCUGUUCAAAAACUGAGUGAGGAAGAGCUCCAACGUAAGGAGGAAGCAACCAAGAAACUCCGCGAGACCAUGGAGCGCGCUAAGGGCGAACAGACUGUUAUUGAAAAGAUGAAGGAGCGCGCCAAGACGUUGAAGCUGCAGGAAAUCACCAAGCCCCUGCCACGCAACCUAAAAGAGAAGUUCCUAACUGAUGCAGUGCGCCGUAUUCUCAACUCGGAGCGGCAGUGCAUCAAGGGAGGCGUGUCAUCGAAGCGCCGUAAGCUGGUCACCGUGAUUGCUGCCACAUUUCCCGAUAACGUGCGUUACGGCAUCAUGGAGUUCAUCCUGGAGGAUAUAAAGCAGCGUAUCGAUUUGGCAUUUUCGUGGCUCUUUGAGGAGUACUCUCUGCUGCAAGGAUUUACAAGGCACACUUAUGUUAAGACGGAGAACAGACCCGAUCACGCCUACAACGAGUUGCUGAAUAAGCUCAUCUUUGGCAUUGGAGAGCGUUGCGAUCACAAGGAUAAGAUUAUUCUGAUUCGUAGAGUUUAUCUAGAAGCACCCAUUCUUCCGGAAGUCUCAAUCGGACAUCUAGUUCAAUUAAGCCUGGACGACGAGUUCUCCCAGCACGGCCUGGAGCUGAUCAAGGACCUUGCAGUGCUCAGGCCGCCGCGAAAGAAUCGCUUCGUUAGAGCGUUGCUCAACUUUUCUGUGCACGAGCGAGUGGAUCUGCGGGAUCGGGCACAGGCCCACCUGGUCAGUCUGUACCAUGUGCACAAAAUACUACCGUCUCGGAUAGACGAAUUCGCUCUGGAGUGGCUUAAAUUUAUCGAACAGGAGUCUCCGCCGGCAGCUGUUUUCUCGCAGGACUUUGGUCGCCCAAGCGAGGAGCCUGCUUGGCGGGAAGACACUACCAAGGUGUGCUUUGGUUUGGCCUUUACCCUGCUGCCCUAUAAACCGGAAGUUUACUUACAGAAAAUUUGUCAAGUGUUUGUUUCCACAUCUGCCGAACUGAAACGCACGAUCUUGCGCAGUCUAGAUAUCCCCAUAAAAAAGAUGGGUGUGGAAAGCCCGACGUUGCUGCAACUGAUCGAGGAUUGCCCUAAGGGCAUGGAGACCUUAGUGAUCCGUAUAAUUUACAUACUGACGGAGCGAGUGCCAUCCCCCCAUGAAGAAUUGGUACGGCGGGUUAGGGAUCUCUACCAGAACAAGGUCAAGGAUGUGCGCGUAAUGAUACCCGUGCUAAGUGGCUUGACACGAUCCGAGCUCAUUGCCGUUCUACCUAAGCUGAUUAAACUUAAUCCCGCUGUGGUCAAGGAGGUUUUCAAUCGAUUGCUUGGUAUCGGUGCCGAAUUCGCCCAUCAGACGAUGGCCAUGUCCCCCACUGAUAUUCUCGUGGCUUUGCACACCAUCGAUACGAGUGUCUGCGACCUUAAAGCCAUCGUCAAGGCUACAUCCAUCUGUUUGGCUGAAAGAGAUCUGUACACACAGGAGGUACUUAUGGCUGUGCUGCAACAGCUUGUAGAGGUUAUUCCGCUGCCUACUCUGAUGAUGCGCACAACAAUUCAGAGCCUAACUCUGUACCCGCGUCUGGCCAACUUUGUAAUGAACUUGCUGCAGCGUCUGAUAAUCAAGCAGGUCUGGCGACAAAAAGUUAUCUGGGAGGGCUUCCUAAAGACUGUGCAGCGCCUGAAACCGCAGUCAAUGCCGAUCCUGCUUCACCUUCCUCCCGCCCAAUUGGUGGACGCACUGCAUCAGUGCCCCGAUUUAAGACCAGCAUUGUCAGAAUACGCUGAGAGCAUGCAGGACGAACCGAUGAAUGGUAGUGGCAUUACCCAGCAGGUUCUGGACAUCAUCUCCGGGAAAUCAGUGGAUGUGUUCGUGACGGACGAAAGCGGCGGUUACAUCAGCGCCGAGCAUAUUAAAAAAGAGGCACCGGAUCCAUCAGAAAUUAGUGUAAUUUCCACAGUGCCCGUACUGACGUCUCUAGUGCCACUGCCAGUUCCCCCGCCUGUAGGCAGUGAUCUUAACCAGCCCCUGCCGCCAGGCGAGGACUAGUUGCAGUUUAAUUGUUUUGUUGCUCAUACAUAUUUUCAAGUUACUUAAUAAGAUAAAGUUUAUAAUUCGACCAUCACUGUCCUAGGCCUUGACCGCACACACAGCCAUUAUAAAGCAAUAUAAUUAUGUUCGUUAAUAACCAAAAGAUUGGGAGUGUACCCCUCGCAUUCGAUGCUCAUAUCCCAUCCUACUGGGUGUCCACGACCUUUAGGUAGAAGCUAUCGGCAUUUAGUUGAGUCUUAAUAUAUCUUAAUAUAUAUAGCGA